CGGCUACUAUCAGUGCCUUCUAAUCAAAAAAACAAAAAUUGAAUUGCCCACUUAAGUGGCAAUAGCAAAAGUGAAAACAAAUCUUCAACAUGCAGUUUCUAAACAUGAUUUGCCUUAAACAAACAGUUGCAAGCACCACCGCCAGCAGCAGCAACAACAACAGCAACGACAACAACAACAAAGUAAGCGCUGAUAUAAUCGAAAGCAAGAGCCGCAGCUUUUACUGCUUUGGCCAGCGUAAAGACGCAGAGUUGCAACAGCAAGCCGAGCUCAAGGAUUCAAACAAAUCGGGCAGCUACAACGUGCAACAGCAGCAAGCAGCAAGCGCCAAUAGUGUUGCAGGCAGCUUUAAGUCCAUAUAUACGGAAUUAGUGGACCACAGUGAGCUGUGCAAAUCGCAGUCGCAACCAACUGUUGUUAUCAGUCGGCAGCCACAACGACGACGACGACAACAGACGACGCAGCGCUCGCUUAGUCAGCCCGCAAUCUUGCAACCUAAACGACCGGGUACACCGCCGCCGCAUAUUGUUGCAUGCAGCAUGAGCUCCUCCAUACCCACAGUGUUGUCCAGCAAUAAUGUGGCCGCCGCCACAGCAGCAGCAGCAGCCGAUGCGUCCGAGAAGCAGCCAUGGCCCAACUCCAAAGACGACUACGAGCUGCGCGAUGUCAUCGGCGUGGGUGCCACAGCGGUGGUGCAUGGCGCCUACUGCAUACCACGCAAUGAGAAAUGCGCCAUUAAGCGCAUCAAUCUGGAGAAAUGGAAUACAUCGAUGGACGAGCUGCUCAAGGAAAUACAAGCGAUGUCAUCUUGUAAUCAUGAAAACGUUGUAACCUAUCACACAUCGUUUGUGGUGCGUGAGGAGCUGUGGCUGGUGCUGCGACUGCUCGAGGGUGGCUCACUGCUGGACAUAAUCAAGCACAAGAUGCGUGUGGCCAUUUGCAAGCAUGGGGUGUUCGAUGAGGCGACCAUUGCUACAGUGCUGAAGGAGGUGCUCAAGGGCUUGGAGUAUUUCCAUUCCAAUGGGCAAAUUCAUCGCGACAUCAAGGCGGGCAACAUACUCAUUGGCGAUGAUGGCACCAUACAAAUUGCAGACUUUGGUGUAAGCGCUUGGCUCGCAACUGGACGGGAUUUGUCGCGUCAGAAGGUGCGACACACUUUUGUUGGCACACCCUGCUGGAUGGCGCCCGAGGUUAUGGAACAGGAUCAUGGCUAUGACUUUAAGGCAGACAUUUGGUCGUUUGGCAUUACGGCCAUUGAAAUGGCCACCGGCACAGCGCCGUAUCACAAAUAUCCGCCAAUGAAAGUUUUAAUGCUAACGCUACAGAACGAUCCGCCUACGCUCGAUACGGGCGCCGAGGACAAGGAUCAGUAUAAGGCCUACGGCAAGACAUUCCGCAAAAUGAUUGUCGAGUGCCUGCAAAAGGAGCCAUCGAAGCGUCCCACUGCCAGCGAACUGCUCAAGCAUGCGUUCUUCAAGAAGGCCAAGGAUCGCAAGUACUUGACCAAUACGCUGCUGCAGUCCGGACCCAGCAUGGAGACGCGCGUGCAUAAGGCGGCAAAGCGUCAGCCUGGCGCAUCGGGUCGACUGCAUCGCACUGUGACCGGCGAAUGGGUGUGGUCCAGCGAGGAGGAGGAUAAUGCAACUGGUGGUGCUAGCAGCAGUCGACGCAAGCAUCCCUCAUCCGAUUCAGAGUCCGAAGAUCGUCCGAUCAAUCGCUUGGAGCGCGCCGACAGCUCGGACAGCGAUCGUGAUGAGCUAACGCCCGAGAUUACGCGCAGCAUGUCCUCAGCCACAAUGACGCCAGCUGGCGCGGCACAGGAGCUUGCCGCCGGCGUUGCUGCACUGCCGCUGCCUAGUGAAGCAGCAGCUGCUGGCGAGGCGCCACCUGUUAAUCUGGUGCUGCGCAUGCGCAAUCUGCGCCGUGAACUGCACGACAUACGCUUUGAGUUUGCCGUGGGCAAAGAUUCGGCGGAGGGCAUUGCCACCGAGCUGGUGGAUGCUGGUCUAGUGGAUGCGCUCGAUACACAACCAAUGGCCGUGCAUUUGGAUCAACUGAUUGCGCAAUGUGACAGCAUGAAGACAAUAACGUUCCAGCUGAGUUCGGGUGUGCAGCCGGGCGAGGUGCCCGACGAGCGCUCGUUGGUGGGCUAUGCGCAAAUAUCGAUCACGGACUAGGACUUGGAGUUGGGCUCCUUAAAGCUACGGUCUACCAUACGUAACGCUGCGUCUUAACGUAAGACGUAACGCGUAACAACACACACACACACGCCUACUCCGCUUUUAGCAACAUAGACUAGAGAACUAGCAUAUAUAUGAUAUAUAUAUAUAAACCUAGUUUAUACCUAAAGACGCCAAGACGUUCUUUUGUUUACUAUAGAAAUUAUUAACAUACGAGCAGAGCGAGGGGUGCAAACCCCACCCCCGCUUAAUUCUUUAAGCUGCAACAGUUCUUUCUUUUCAAUUCAGAGUUCAGUCAGUUGCAUUGUAGUUAUUUCAUAAACUCCCCUCGGCAGCAGCAGCAGCUUUAUUCUUCUACCUCCCUUGUCAUACUAUAGUUAGUCGCAGCGCCUACUUCAUUAAACUAGCUAAAAGUAAUUGCAAAUUGUGUACUUAUUCGUUGUUAUAUAUAUAUUAUACUACUACUAUUACUUUA